AUGACGGUAAUAUCGGUAGAAGACUUGACACUCUAUCUAUCUAUCUAUCUAUCUAUCUAUCUAUCUAUCUAUAUCUAUCUACUGAUUUAUCUAUCUAUAUAUCUACCUAAUUUUGUUCACAUUUAUCUGUUUGUUCACGUCUAUCUAUUUACCAAUCUAUCCAUGUUUGUUCACAUCUAUCUAUCUAUCUAUCUAUCUAUCUAUCUAUCGAUCUAUGUUUUUUCACAUCUAUCUAUCUAUGUAUCUAUGUAUCUAUCUAUCUAUCUAUGUUCACAUCUAUCUAUCUAUCUAUCUAUCUAUCUAUCUAUCUAUCUAUCUAUGUUUGUUCACAUCUAUCUAUCUAUCUAUCUAUCUAUCUAUCUAUGUAUCUAUCUAUCUAUCUAUGUUCACAUCUAUCUAUCUAUCUAUCUAUCUAUCUAUUUAUGUUUGUUCACAUCUAUCUAUCUAUCUAUCUAUGUUUGUUCACAUCUAUCUAUCUAUCUAUCUAUGUUUAUUCACAUCUAUCUAUCUAUCUAUGUUUGUUCACAUCUAUCUAUCUAUCUAUGUUUGUUCACAUCUAUCUAUCUAUCUAUCUAUCUAUCUAUCUAUCUAUCUAUGUUUAUUCACAUCUAUCUAUCUAUCUAUCUAUCUAUCUAUGUUUGUUCACAUCUAUCUAUCUAUCUAUGUUUGUUCACAUCUAUCUAUCUAUCUAUCUAUCUAUGUUUGUUCACAUCUAUCUAUCUAUCUAUGUUUGUUCACAUCUAUCUAUCUAUCUAUCUAUGUUUGUUCACAUCUAUCUAUCUAUCUAUGUUUGUUCACAUCUAUCUAUCUAUCUAUCUAUCUAUGUUUGUUCACAUCUAUCUAUCUAUCUAUGUUUGUUCACAUCUAUCUAUCUAUCUAUCUAUCUAUCUAUGUUUGUUCACAUCUAUCUAUCUAUCUAUGUUUGUUCACAUCUAUCUAUCUAUCUAUCUAUCUAUGUUUGUUCACAUCUAUCUAUCUAUCUAUCUAUGUUUGUUCACAUCUAUCUAUCUAUCUAUCUAUCUAUCUAUCUAUCUAUCUAUCUAUGUUUGUUCACAUCUACCUAUCUAUGUUUGUUCACAUCUAUCUAUCUAUCUAUGUUUGUUCACAUCUAUCUAUCUAUGUUUGUUCACAUCUAUCUAUCUAUCUAUGUUCACAUCUAUCUAUCUAUGUUCACAUCUAUCUAUCUAUGUUCACAUCUAUCUAUCUAUCUUUGUUCACAUCUAUCUAUCUAUCUAUCUAUCUAUCUAUCUAUCUAUCUAUCUAUGUUUGUUCACGUCUAUCUAUCUAUCUAUCUAUCUAUCUAUCUAUGUUUGUUCACGUCUAUCUAUCUAUCUAUCUAUCUAUCUAUCUAUGUUUGUUCACGUCUAUCUAUCUAUCUAUCUAUCUAUCUAUCUAUGUUUGUUCACGUCUAUCUAUCUAUCUAUCUAUCUAUCUAUCUAUGUUUGUUCACGUCUAUCUAUCUAUCUAUCUAUCUAUCUAUCUAUCUAUCUAUCUAUCUAUCUAUGUUUGUUCACGUCUAUCUAUCUAUCUAUCUAUCUAUCUAUCUAUGUUUGUUCAUCUAUCUAUCUAUGUUCAUCUAUCUAUCUAUCUAUGUUUGUUCACGUCUAUCUAUCUAUCUAUCUAUCUAUGUUUGUUCACGUCUAUCUAUCUAUCUAUCUAUCUAUCUAUCUAUCUAUCUAUCUAUGUUUGUUCACGUCUAUCUAUCUAUCUAUCUAUGUUUGUUCACGUCUAUCUAUCUAUCUAUCUAUCUAUCUAUCUAUGUUUGUUCACGUCUAUCUAUCUAUCUAUCUAUCUAUCUAUCUAUCUAUGUUUGUUCACGUCUAUCUAUCUAUCUAUCUAUGUUUGUUCACGUCUAUCUAUCUAUCUAUCUAUCUAUCUAUCUAUCUAUCUAUCUAUGUUUGUUCACGUCUAUCUAUCUAUCUAUCUAUGUUUGUUCACGUCUAUCUAUCUAUCUAUCUAUCUAUCUAUCUAUCUAUCUAUCUAUCUAUCUAUCUAUGUUUGUUCACGUCUAUCUAUCUAUCUAUUUUUGUUCACAUCUAUCUAUCUAUCUAUGUUCAGAUUUAUCUAUCUAUUGCUGGUAAAAAUGCUGAGGCUAUCGGAAAGGAUUGUUGCGUCUAUGGUGGUCUCUACUUGUUUAUACCUUGCAUUUCUGCUGCUUUGGUUCGACAGGGAAUAAGAGAAGAAAAAGGAAUCAGUGGAAGCUUCCUAGGAGAUAUUCUUACUCACUGUUUCUGCUCUCCUUGUGCUCUGGUUCAAGAAGGUCGGGAAGUGAAACCGACCCCGCAAUGUAUUGUCCGGGCUUAA